CAGAAAAGCGGCUUCUACCUCGCCAUUUACAGUCCGUUUUCUAAAUAGAGCAUCUCUGCGUUUCCUUUCUCCCGCUAAACGUCUCUCCUGAGUAUGUUCGUAGAUAAUAUCAGCUUUUUUCCGGUGCGGACGGAGGGAGCAAACCCCGACUCUUCCCGGGGAUCGCCGUUGUAUUUCAUGUGUGUACCCCUGCGCCUCCCAUUUCCGUCUUCGGGGAAGCUGUCCUCGAUUCGUCAGUUCUUCGUCACAGUUUUCUUUCCACGCCUUCUUGCUGGACGACGCGAAUCGAUCUCCUUCAGUGAGCCCCGGUUUCGCGUACAGCGCGGCACGAGAUAACUUUUCUGUCGAGGCAUCUGCUCAGGUGUGCAUGCAGUCUUCCGCCUCGGUUCUCGAGCGAAGAGGAACUUGCUCUGAAAAUGUUUCGACUUGUCUUUUUCUCGACGGCCUCGUAGGUUCUCUGGAAGACCUGUCAGAUGUACGCACACGCAGUGUUCAGCAGCAAAGCCGGGCGCAGCUGGCACCCGUGAAUCGAGUUCGUCGACCUUUUACACGCGGACUUUGCGCGCCCGGUUUCAACUCUGUCUCCUUUUUCUGCAUGAACUGUGAGGCUUCCGUGUAACUUGGCGAGGAGACCUGUCGGGGGACGAGAGGAAAUCGACACAGUCUCUCCGAGCGGCCACCGCCACGAGAAGCGUAGUUCCCGGCUUCCCUCACUUUUCCUGGGCCGGUCUCCAUCUCCACUUGGAGCGCAGCGGAAAGACACACUUUUCCGCGCUCUUUCCUGCGGGUCUACACUCGCUGAGUGUGUGUACACCUGGCGAAGGCGCGGCUGUCUGGUUCCGCGAGUGGAGAGAGACGGGGAAGCCCAGGGAAGCGGGGGAGACGAGACGCGAGGCACCACGAAUUCUUUUCGACUUCUCGGAUCUUCGCCCAUACCGUUUUGUCAAGCGCCUUCUUCGCUGCUCGUUCGUCUUCAUGUGGGGAAGGAGCAACAGGCCGCUCACACCGAGCGAUGGAGGGCGUUGGCUCUCCUCCUCUCUCUUGCCUGUCUCUCUCACAGUUCAUUCCGGCUUUUCUGACGCAUGCGCCCUCGCGACAGAAGCGUGGUGGGCGUAAGGUGGAGUCGAGGCAGGUUGCAGCGAAGAAGCAUCGUCUCUGCUCCGCGUUCGCCUUCUCGUCGAUUUCUGCUUCGCGCUUUGACGCUGGCACCUCGCUGUCGUCUUCAUGCUUCUCGCCUCUCUCCACUUGUUGCACCCGUCACCUCGCGGAGCUCCAAAAGAUUCGUCGAGGCGGUGAAAAGGAUACACGUUCUGCCGGAGGCAUCUGCUGCGCCGUAGCGUCUGCAGAAGGAAACAGUAGACGUCAUCUCCUGUGCCGGGAGGAGUUCGAGUCCUUCGGCCUCCUUCGCAUGCGUCGCCGUCUGUCGAGUGGGAAGAGGACAAGAGCGAGAAGAAAACCUCGUCCCCGCUUGUCUCUCCGAGCAGAGGAGCUGACACCGGCAAUGGAGGGCGCGAGAACGUCCUUCCAGAAAAAACCAGAUGACAUGGCGGGAGGCACACCUCCGGAGAAGAAACGCCGCCGCGUGCGAGCUCUUUCGUCGAGCAGAUCCCGCAACUCUGCUGCAGCUCGGCGGCUCUCUCCUCUCGGACUCUCUUCUUCUGGAACACAGAACCCAGGCAAAAAGGGAAGUCGAGCCGCGCGGCUCUGCGCGUCGCCGAGACGCUGGUCGUCUUCAUGCGUCUCGCGGCUCUUCCUGUUCUGCGUCGUUUUCGCCACCCUCGCCGUAGGCGCUGCUCCCUCUUCUUCCCCACGGAGGCCUCCUGCUGGGCCAUCCGCAAGACUUCCACGCGGCUCGACCCCAUUCGUUUCCCAGGCAGGGAAUCUCGGCGACGCGACCUUUGUUCCUGUUCGUCGUUUUCAGACACUCGGUGCAAAGCCGCAAGGCGAAACGCGAAAGCGCGUCUGUGCUCGGUCGAUUCGCAGGUCAUUCGGGACGCGCGACUGCGUUCGACAUGCGUGGACACCCGGCGGCAUGUCCUGCGGGGCGUUGCCUUGUUUCCUGCCUUCCGGCUCGUGCAUGUUGCCGCAGGCGUCUUUCCUUCUGAGUCGCGACGCCUGCCAAGCUGUCCAACGCGGGCGCUCCCUUCGCUUCGGCGCUCCGUGCGUCUCUUCGACCUCCACGCCUCGUCCCUGUUCUCUGCGGGAGACUUCUUGCGGUUCACCGGAGUCGUUUCUGCUCUCUCCACCUGCUCGAUGGCCUCCGCUCUGUUCGCCUCGUUCUUCUUGUCCUCUCCCCUUCUCUUCUCUCUGGGCGGGAAAUGGCAUCGGCGCCUGCGUCGCGUCUGAGGCGAGCGAGGCAGGAGUGUCUCCCCACGAGUCUUCGCAGAGAACCGCAUGCGCGCGUCGAGGCUCUUCCUCUCUGGGGGAGAAACUCGCGGCCUUCUCUCGUUCCCUCUCCUUCUUCGGCCUCCACUUCGUUUUCACCUCUGUCGUCACCGGCGGCAUUUGGUGGACGGCUCUUCGCACUCACCAAGGUCUCACGACUCUCGCGCUCUCACGACCCGCUCUCGCCUGCUCUUCUCUCUUCUCGCGCUUGACGUCUUCUUUUCCAUCUUCUUCAUGUUCUGCUGCUUCAUGUCGUCAGUGGUGGCGGGAGUAUUUGCAGGACCGAUGUCAGCGGAUUGCUUGGCGCAUUAACACCUUGUGGGGAGGCGCUUUUUCGUGGCUUGUGGGGUGCCAGCCAGAGGUUUCCGGUGCGGAGAAUCUCCCGCCUCCGGAGGAGAACGUGAUCUUUGUCGCGAACCACUGCUCACUUAUGGACGUCGCGUACAUCGCAGCAGCGGUUCCCAGGUGUCUCCGCUUCAUCGCGAAGGUGGAGUUGCUGUCGGCGCCGGUCGUCGGCCUCGCCCUUCGGCUCUCAGGAUGCCCCACCGUCGACCGCGACUCCCCCACCAGCCAUCUGGCCCUCUUUCGAGAGGCCCUGCGUCUCCUCAAGCGAAAGGCGCCGCCACAGUCGACGGCUGUGCGCCGCCUUGCUGGCGACGCAGAACGCGACGGGGAGACACACAACGCGAGAGGGGAAGAAGGAGUAGCUCUCGUCGCCUUUCCAGAAGGUACUCGGAGCGCCGACGGGCGACUGCGGCCUUUCGACAAAGGCGGCGUUUUUCGCUUAGCGCGCCAGACGCGCGUCCGAGUCGUUCCGAUAACCGUCGUCGGCACCCACCUGCUGCUGCCUGCAAAUUCUCUCUUUCCUCCUGGGCCACCGCCACCGGGGACCUUGAGGGUCGUCGUGCACCCCCCGCUCUCGUCUGCCGACAAGACGCCUGACGAGCUUCGAGAGGAAGCGUGGCGCGCGAUCGCCGCCGCACUGCCUCCCUGUCAGCAGCCUCUCCCGUCUGCGAAGGAAAAGGAGGCCGCCACCGAGACGAACUGAGAGACGAAGAAGAAUGCGUCGUGAUCUAAGAGGAAAGAAGAAAGAGGAGCGCCAGGAUCUAGAAGAGAGAAAUGAAGAUCUGCUGUGAAGCAGGAAAAGGAUGCCGGUAAAAGCAAGUGAAGAAGCAAAUGAACGUUUUCUGAAACUCCCUUGGGAUGGAGAAUGUGAGACAGAGAGACACCACCUGGCCAUGCUGGAGAGAGAGAGAGCUUGCAGUGUCGCCUCGAGGAAACGCUCCGGCAGAGAGACAGCAGAGAGGAGCAAGAACAAACCACGAGACGGCUGGAAGGAGAAAAGUGAAGCGACAUGAGGGACAAGGGCGAGACAUGCCGCAGACGUAUGCGCAUGCUCACAAAGGCCCCCGAAGAAAGAAGGAAGGAAAUUUGAGGCUCUUGAGCAGCUGCAUGCACUUCUGCGGUGGAGCAGGGGACCCGGAAGAUCUCUCAGGAACCUUUCGAGGUCCACAGGCAGGCCGCCAAGAGAUGGUGAAACGACUGAAAAACUCUGGGGAAAUCUCAAAGAGAGAAGCAAUACAGUGCACACACGUUCUUUUAAAGAGACUUCCGUCGAUCGAGCAGCGAAGUGGUUUGUGUGCUUUUUUCUGAUACCAGAGUGCGGCCUCUGCCAUCUGCAUUCUGAGAACAAAUGUGAAUUGACGCGGCGAAGUGUAUGUCCACUCGCGCGUGUGUCUGUAGGUCGUGUGUCUGCCGGAAGAGAGAAAUGGCCAUUGCACCCUGCAAGCAGUGACAAUCGUUUGGUCUGUGUCACCCUGCAGCCACUGGACGGGUCGUUCUAUACAGAUUCAGAUGGCACUCGACCUGUUUCGUGGCUUUCCUGUUGCUGUCAUGUUCGAGGAUUUGAGUCGACGCGCAGAACUACCUGUUGUCGCGCAUUUGUCAAUGCUCCGUACACCUGGACCUUUUUCCCUUUGUCUGUUCUCCGGGGUAUUUUCAGUCUUCUGUCGCCUUUUCUGUCAAUCAGAGUAUUUGAAACAACGCACCACCCAUUCGAUGUCGACCUGGAUCAAACCGUUUCAAUGCACACAUACGCAUUCAUCCCUCCUCUGUCUCUUCGUGAGCGUGAAUGCCUGAUGCAGGCGUCUGCUCAAAGAGCAGAGAUCGGCUCUGGGGACAUGCGCCGCAGGAGUUGAGUCUGGAGGCGCUUUCUGCAUGCGCCGCUUUCACUUGUGCAGAAGUGAAGAAAAAACGAAAAAGGCUGCAGCGUCCCGACAGUGCAUAUACGGGUGAAGCCGGUGUUAUGAAAACCUUUGCAGAGCAGCAGAACGUUCAGUCUGGCAUUUGCAUGCUUCCCAGCCACACCACACACGUUUGGCAGCACUCAAGGCUUGAUGAACGCCGCUUUUUCGCUGACAAAGGUAUCUCUGCCUCAGGCGACUUCACCCUCCAAUUCGUAGAAACGUCGACCGUCGACUUUUGCCCUCUGCGUGUGGCAUUCUUCCCAGCUCGCUGGUCGUUUCCCCUCUGUCUCUGAAAGCCUGUCGACCCCACAUAGACGCUUUUCGCGGGUGCCGGUCGCUCUCAUGGCCCCUCGACGAAACGGGGAACAGCGCCCGCCGAACUCGUUUUUCUUCUUUUUCUUCCACGUGCCUUUUUGUUGACGACUGACGACUUGGUGGAGAACAGAAAUUCACCGAUGACACUUAGAACGAACCCGAUUUCGAAUAGCCUAGAUGCCAGUUGACACUCUGUGAUAUAUCUGUCUCAGACACUAACUUUCCAGUUAAAU